AUGGAUCGUACGGAGUUUCCCCAUCUGAACGACUCGCAGUACGAGUCCGUUCGUAAGAUGGCAGGCAACUUUGGGACAGAUGCCCUGCGUAGCUUAGCGGCGGCGACGCCGGCUGAGCAGGUUGAGCGUACCGCGUUCGACACCUACGAGCGAGGGCUCAUCGCCCACGUUCAAGGGCUGCAGGUCACUGCAGCCGCGCCGAAGCCGGUGCAACCGAAGCCCCUGCGGCUAAAGGUUCACCCCUUCGAAGGGAAGGAAGGAGAAAACAUUCACUUCUGGGUUCGAGAGGUUGAGCUCGCGAUGGACGCGGCUCUCGUCUCGGACGAGCGACUCCGUGUCGCCUUUGCGCUCUCCAACCUUAGUGAUCGCGCUAAGAGUUGGGCGUAUACGCGCGAAGCGACGACGCCUGGAUGCUUCGCAUCAUGGUCCCAGCUGUGCGAGCAGCUGCGGGCCGCGUUUCUUCCGGCGAACUACGAGUACCGCCAGCGUUCGCGCUUCCUCGCCUGCAAACAAGGAAGGCGCGAGCUGCAUGAGUACAUCCAGGAGAUGCGAGUGCUCACUGCCUCUUUGGUGGGGAACCCCCUGCCUGAAUACAUCAAGGUGACCGUGUUCAUGGACGGUCUGCGUGUCGGUCCUGCCCGCACGCAACGGUUCCGUGUGCAAGCAAACACUAUGGAGGAGGCGAUUCAGAUCGCCCUCCAGGAGGAGUACAGCCACAAGCAGGCUCGUACCCCCGCCACGGUAUGGCAGAGCAACCCUGCCUCUGGCGGUGCGCCUAAUGGUAACUCCGGCAAUGGAGCGAUCAACGGACCGGUUCCCAUGGAUCUGGGCAUGGCCGAGCAGAGCGACAUUCGCUGCUACGGCUUUGGCAAGCUUGGGCACAUGAAACGUGCUUGUCCCGCGGGAGGACUGAAGAAGAAGUUCUCUUCGAAGCCCUUUGGCUCUAGGGUACCUCGGGUCCACAUGAACCUCACUGUCAAGUUCGAGGACUUCGACAGCACGGAGCCGUUCUUGGUCCUAGACAUGGACAAGUACGACUUGAUCCUUGGCAUGCCGUGGCUGGAGAAACACGAGCCUUGGAUCGACUGGCGCGGCAAGGCCAUCGGGGCCAGCCGUCCCCCACGCUCUGACAGAGCUUUGGUGAGUCAUGUUCCCACCUCUGGCAGCAGCUGGGGCGCCCGCGAGGGCCGCCAGGGCGCAGCAGCGUCUAAUGAGUUCUUGGGGUCCGUCGAGACUGACGACGACUCCGACCGGGCCGGACAAGGCCUGAGAGUGGAGGUGCCGGACAGCACCUACCAGGUGGGUAACGUAGGUCCACACACGGGUAACGAAGUACCGCAGGCAGCAAGGGCUGCUGGAGAAGGCGCCGCUGGCGUUGGCGUGGGUAACCAAGCUCCACGCGAGGUCACUCAGACCGUAACUGAUGAGGAAGGCACUGCAGGCGCUUCCGAUGUGGGUAACAUAGUUCCACAGGAGGUCACUCAGACCAUAACUGAUGCGGGAGUCGCUGGAAGCGCUCCUGGUGUGGGUAACCAAGUUCCACAC